AUUUCGUAUCCCCUUUACAGCAUGAAAUGUGAGCGUGAUCGUUCCGAGUCAGUCCUUCCCCGUCGGUGCGGCAGCGCACGUGGGCGCUGACGUCACACGCUGUACUGCGGUGCAGCAUCAUGACAGAGGAGGAGGAAGAGGAGACCCUGCGACACGAGCAGGAGGAAGAGGAGACCCUGCGACACGAGCAGAAAAGUUGUCAUAAAUGCAUACUAAGAGCGCGGGACCUUUAACAUGCCUCCCUGUUAAAGCAAGUCGUUGGUUCGCCAUCCGGAACGUCUGGGAUGUCUGUCUCGCGGAAAAUGUUUUAACACGCAUGGACUGUGCGUGGACUGCCUCUGCAUUUCACCUGCACAAACAUAAAGACUACGCACACACAAAAACAAACACACGCACACACACAGGUGAUUGUGAAAAGAGACUGGGGUGGGUGUGGUGUCCGACCUAAACAUUGAAUGACCUGACAUUCCUGAACUGGUGCGGCAGAUUUUGCGCUUCAGCGAAGCAACGGAACGGUAGCGCGCGCGCGCUGGCUUUGGCGGACAGCGUCCCGCAAUAAACUUUAUCCGGAAAGCUCGCAGAGACUGCUCGCUGCUCACUGCUCCACUCCGGCAGGGAACCGCAUCUCAGGCAUGGAUGUGAAGAACCUGUGCGACUACCUGGGGUGGCUCUACUACCAGUACCUGCUGAUCACAGGCAUCUACGUCCUAGAGCCGUGGGAGAAGUCCAUCUUCAACACGGUGCUCUUCACCAUGGUGGCCAUGGUGGUCUACACAUCCUACGUGUUUGUGCCCAUCCACGUGCGCCUGGCACUGGAGUUCUUCUCCGGACUGUGUGGGGAGCAGCCAGAGAGCACCGUAGCGCUGAUGAACUAGAAAGAAAAGGGAGGGGCUUAUUCCACGACUGGCUAACCCACAACCCCUUCCUCUGCAAGCUCAAGAACAUUUGGGAAGAGCAAAAGAAAGGAACUUUGAAGCCAUGUCCACCCCCACCUACACCCACCCCCCCUCAGCCCUCGGCCAGCCCCCAGGAAUAAGGCCCCUCUCACACCACCUUGGUGAUGCUUUGCAUGAUGUUGGGGGGCAGGCACCUGGGUAACUGCACGUCAUGUUUUCACUGCACCUGUUAGCGUUUUGCACGUGACCGCUUUGCCAAUGCUUUGAAUAGUCCGGUCUCACCUGUCAAUCAGCGCUAAUUAAUCAAAAAGUCACCUUCUACCUUUUUUCUAGCAGGUACACAGACUCCUCCAUCCCAGAACACCCCUGGCUGAUGAUGCACUGCUGGGUCAUUGGAGGUCAGACUGCCAAUUAAAAGGUUUUUGUUUUUGUUUUUUUGCCAAAAGUGAAUGUACAAAUAUUCACAAAGAGAAAAAGGUUAUGAAAGUCUCACUUAUAAUUGUCCUUUACAGACAUUGAUUUGUUGUUAUUAUUGUUGUUAAUAUUAUUCAAGCCAUGUGAUCAUGUUUCCUAUGCAAUGAGUCUACUCUGAAAAAAAGGUAACAGUUCAACUGUAAAAGAAACACGUACUGCACUCGACUGGAUAUUGACAGUCCUGUCACAUGUUCCCUUUCUCUCUCUAACCAUUCAACCUUCGUCAACAACAUAUUCAUUCACAGUUAAUUUUGUUAAACCUCUUCCAAGGUAGCUGGAAUGACAAGAAAGAUCUUGGACCAGCAAACAGUCUUCCGUGAAAUGCAAACACUCACAUUUCACCUUUAGGACACACACACCUUUCUCUUGUUCCUUUGACUAAACCAUGUCUCUCUUUGACAGAGCCCAUUACUCUUUAGGGUGCCAUUUUGUAUUUAUCAGUUGUGUCUUACGUAUAUAUAUACAUGUGCGCUGAACCCUGGAACUUUGACUGGUUACAUUGCCAGGUACAAAACAUUCUGCGCUUAGUGUGUCCUCAUUACGCCAUACAUGUCAUUCUUGAACGUUUCAUUUGUAAAUCACAUUUUUUCAUGGAAGUCAUGAAAUUUCAUAUAACAAAAUUCUGUUGUGUAUAUAUGUUUAUUCUUUCAGUGUUUCUUUUUUAUGUUAUUGUUUUUUCACAAAUAAAGUAAUUUUACACAGA